UUGCUAUGUUUGAUGAAAUGUUACGCAAUGUGUAGUGUAGUUAUCGUAUGCUUUAGUAUAUGUAAUGUAUUGUAUUGUUAGUGACAUUUAAAUGGGUAAUGCAUUCAAAACACAUUACUAUAACACACUAUAGCAUACAUUACUACGCAAUGCUAUAUUCAAUUGAAUAGUCAAUCCAUUGCAUCACAACAUCAGUUGAAUUGAAUAAUACAUUGAAAGCAAACAAUUGUUUUGUGUUUUUGUUUUGUUUUGGAUUAUUAUUAUUCAAUAGAAAACAUGAAAUGUUGGACACAAUUGUUGUUAUAAUUACCGAUUAUUUUCAUAUAUGACUGACCAGUGGUCAGUUGUUGACCCGCGCGUGAAAUAGUGUGACAAAAGUGUUCAUUCAAUACAAUCAUCACAUCAACAAAAAUGACUUCACCGAUGGCCGCCAGUGGUCAACAACAACAACAACAACCGUAUGUCCGGAUUGUUGAACAGCCGGCCAAAUGUGCCCUACGGUUUCGCUACGAGUGCGAGGGCCGUAGCGCCGGCAGUAUACCCGGUUCGGCGGCCACUGCCGACAACAAAACCUAUCCGUCGAUUCAGGUGUGCAACUAUCGGGGCGGCGCUGCCGUAGUAGUGGUGUCGUGCGUAACCAAAGAACAGCCGUAUCGGCCGCAUCCGCACAAUCUCGUGGGCAAAGAGGGCUGCAAGAAGGGUGUCUGUACAAUGGUUAUCAACAAUCAGGACAUGAUCUGUUCAUUUACUUCAUUGGGCAUACAGUGUGUCAAACGCAAAGACAUCGAAGACAGUCUCAAACUACGGGAAUCCAUAAAAGUUGAUCCAUUCAGAACUGGUUUUGCACACAAGUCUCAGUCGUCGAGUAUUGAUCUGAAUGUCGUGCGACUAUGUUUUCAGGUGUUCAUCGAAGGUCCCGAACGGGACAAGUUUACCGUUCAAUUGCCGCCAAUUGUUUCCGAUUUUAUUUACGACAAAAAGGCCAUGACAGAGCUGAUCAUAACAAAGUUGUCUCACUGUUCGGCGCCCUGUAUUGGCGGCAAAGAGAUGAUACUGUUGUGCGAUAGAGUGACCAAAGAUGACAUUCAGGUGCGCUUCUAUGAGGAACAAAACGGUCAACUCGUUUGGGAAGCGUUAGCCGAGUUUGCACCGACCGACGUCCACAAACAAGUGGCCAUUUGUUUUCGUACGCCACGCUAUUGUCGGGACGACUUGAGCCAACCCGUUUCAGUGAUGCUUCAAUUGCGUAGACCAUCCGAUGGUUGCCUAUCUGAUCCGCGAGCCUUUCAAUUGUUACCUAAAGAGGUAGAUCCCGAUGGACUCAAUAGGAAACGUCAGAAGAUAGACGAAGGUUUUCUCAAAAGGUUUAUGACUGAGUCCUCCUAUCUAAACGUGACUACCGGAGGUGUCGGGCCAUCCAAUGUUAGUCCCGUUUCGCCGAAAGGGGAGCCAUUUUCUGUGCCACGAUAUGUGUCAUCUAAUAUUAAAAUGGAACCGUUAGGUCUGACAGCUAUUGAUAGUCAAAACGUGUUUCAGACAUCAACUCUACCACCACUUACUUCAUGGCAACCGUCACCACAAUCAGCGACGACGACGACAACGACCACUUCAUCACAGUUCAUGACACUAUCGCCACAUAGUAUUGCACAACAAUCUAGAUCUCCAAUGGAUAUGCUUUUGUCACAACAACAACAACAAGACUAUAGAUUGCAAGCUUCUCCUCAAUCUCAGACAUCACAGGACAACACAACUGAUUAUUUGAUGGCAACUGAUCCACAAUCGCAGUCCACACUACAGCCACUUUCAUCUACAACAUUGACACCACUUUUCGACAUUAGUAUCGGUAAUAUUGUCCAACAAUAUGGCAAUAGUUUGCCAAUCGACUCAAAUAUGAAUAAUAGGAAUAAUGCCAAUAAUCUAAACAUCAAUAUCAAUACAUUGUCUAACAAUAACGAUACGGUUUCUGAUGAAGUGAUGGACAAAUUUGACUCUUUAGGACUCGAAGGCAUUGACACAUCGGAACUAUUGACUGACAUUAACUUUAAUUCGUUUACUUCGACAUAUAUGGCAGAUAUGAUGGAUUCGGGACCCAAUAUCGGUCCCAAUAACCAAGCGUCCAGUUCUCUACAAACACCUGAUUUGAAUACUGGCACUACUGAUGACAACUCAAAGAAUCUGAUGGCAAAUCCACUACAAAUGCAAUCAUUGCAUAGACGACUAACAACACAUUUCGAUGCAAAUUGCGAUAAAAUUAAUAAUAAUUAAUAAUUUUAGUAUUUAUUGUUUUAUGUUAUUAUAUUAUG